GUUCGUGGCCCUCCAGGCUGCAGGUGGUAGCUUCCUUUGCUGGGGGCGGUGCCUGGACACCGGUGUCCCUCGCCUGGAACAGCCUUGCAGCCCAGAAGGAAGAGUGAAGAGCACUAGGCGGCGAAAGAGCGCGGCUUCGGGCGGCCGGGCUGGAGGCGCUCGACGGCUCGCCGCGGGCCCCCGGGACCCUGCUGAGCGCUCGACCAAGUUGGAGAGGCGGGGGGGCGCCCAGCCGUGGAAGAGGGGCACUCUGAACCGGGCCAGCCCCGGCGGGGUAGCGGCCAACAGAGCGCCCACCUGUCUUGGUCCUGCGGCGCCAAGGUAGCCGGGCCGCCGGCCGCGGGGUUUCCGAGAUCCGCGCGGCUCGGCCCGAGGGCGAAGGAGAGGGAGGGCGGUUGCGGACACCGCCGCCCUUCAGUCCGAGGUCUCUGCGCAACCGAAGCUGGCUGACUUUUCCUUCAGCUCUCGGUUUCCCGGCUGCGGCCGGAGCCGUGCCGGAAGCAGGCGACGCCACGGGCGCCGGGGGUGAGACCUCGCCGUCCUCUGCGCCUGUUACCUGUUGCGCGCCCUUGCCGCCGAGUCUCAAGUGGGCAUGUUUCAGGUGGGCAGGUCCAGCAUCCCCAAACCUGCCGCCCGGAACCUGGAGGACCUAGACUCUGUGCAGCGCGUCCUCUUCCACAGUGACCUGGAGCCUGAAUGGCUGGACAGUGUGCAGAAGAAUGGAGAGCUAUUUUAUCUGGAGUUGAGUGAGGAUGAAGAAGAAAGCCUUCUUCCUGAGACACCUACUGUGAACCAUGUCAGGUUCAGUGAAAACGAGAUUAUUAUUGAAGAGGAUGAUUACAAAGAAGGAAAAAAGUAUGAACCCAAACUCAAGCGGUUUACCAAGAUUUUAAAAAGUAAAAAACUUUUACCCAAACGCUAUAAUAAAAAAAAUAGCAAUGCCAGUGGGCCAGUAUCCAUUCUAAAGCAUCAGUCCAAUCAGAAAACAGGAGUUGUUGUCCAACAGCGGUACAAAGAUGUGAACGUUUACGUGAACCCCAAAAAGCUAACCGUCACCAAAGCCAAAGAGCAGCUCAAGCUUCUGGAAGUACUGAUUGGGAUUAUCCAUCAGACCAAGUGGAGCUGGAGAAGAAGUGGAAAACAGGGCAGUGGAGAGAAGCUUGUGGUCCAUGGCCUGCUGCCAGGAGGAUCUGCUAUGAAGAGUGGUCAGAUAUUAAUUGGUGAUGUCCUUGUUGCCGUGAACGAUGUAGAUGUGACCUCUGAGAACAUAGAGAGAGUUCUAUCUUGCAUUCCUGGACCUAUGCAGGUGAAACUGACAUUCGAAAAUGCAUAUGCUGUGAAAAAGCAAACAACUCAACCAAGACAGAAAAAGGCGCAGUCAAACACAAGUGAUUUAAUCAAACUUCCAUGGGGGGACGAGGACAAAGAUACCCAGCAGAAUAUUCUAAACACUCCUCACAUCGUUAUGUAUCUCACACUACAGCUCGACUCGGAAACAUCAAAGGAAGAGCAGGAAAUCCUAUAUCAUUAUCCAGUAUCUGAUGCAUCUCAGAAACUUAAAAGUGUGAGAGGGAUAUUUCUCACACUCUGUGACAUGUUGGAAAAUGUAACUGGGACACAAGUUACUAGCUCAUCCCUUCUUUUAAAUGGGAAACAAAUUCAUGUAGCUUAUUGGAAAGAAUCUGACAAGCUGUUGUUAAUUGGCCUGCCUGCUGAGGAAGUUCCUCUUCCUCAGCUAAGGAAUAUGAUUGAAGAUGUUGCCCAAACCUUAAAAUUUAUGUAUGGUUCUUUAGAUAGUGCCUUUUGCCAGGUUGAGAAUGUUCCUCGUUUGGAUCAUUUUUUCAGCUUGUUCUUUCAAAGAGCACUUCAGCCUGCUAAACUACAUUCCAGUGCCAGUCCCAGUACACAACAAUAUGAUGCUUCCAGUGCAGUACUUUUAGACAAUCUCCCUGGAGUUCGGUGGCUCACACUUCCACAGGAUAUUAAGGUGGAAUUAGACACAGCAUUGAGUGACUUGGAGGCUGCAGAUUUUGCAGAACUGUCUGAGGAUUACUAUGACAUGAGACGGCUAUAUACAAUUUUGGGCUCUUCUCUAUUUUACAAGGGUUAUUUGAUAUGCAGUCAUUUGCCUAAGGAUGAUCUUAUUGAUAUUGCUGUAUACUGUCGCCACUAUUGCCUACUGCCUUUAGCAGCAAAACAAAGAAUUGGUCAGUUGGUAAUAUGGAGAGAAGUAUUUCCUCGACAUCACCUCCAACCUUCUGCAGACUCAAACACUGAAGUCUUUCAGGAACCUGAAGGGAGGUAUUUUUUGCUAAUUGUUGGCUUGAGACAUUAUAUGUUGUGUGUACUAUUAGAAGCUGGAGGCUGUGCAUCCAAAGCUGUUGGGAAUCCUGGACCGGACUGUAUAUAUGUGGAUCAGGUCAAAACAACUCUUCACCAGCUGGAAGGGGUAGAUUCCCGCAUAAAUGAACGGCUAGCCUCUUCUGCAACCCCCUGUUUGUCUUGUGCUGACUGGUUUCUUGCUGGAUCACAUGAAAAAUUAGAUAAUUUAACAACCUCACCUAUCCUCAGUAGGCUACAAGGUACUUCCAAAGUAGCAACCUCUCCAACAUGCAGAAGAGCUCUUUUUGGUGACUAUUCCCUAAAGACACGUAAGCCCAGUCCAUCCAGAAGUGGAGGAUCUGACAGUGGUUGUGAAGGUGGAGAAGGUGUUGGCCUGAGUCCCCACACUACAGCAUCUCAGGGUUCUGAUGGUUCAGAAGAAAGUGGGGCCUUGCUUAAGGUCACUAAAAAGAAGUCUACUCUUCCAAAUCCAUUUCAUUCGGGGAACCUGAAAAAGGACCUUUCAGAAAAAGAAUUGGAUAUAUAUAACACAAUGAAAUUGACAUCUGGUCCUGAGAACACACUUUUCCACUAUGUCGCUUUAGAAACAGUGCAAGGGAUCUUUAUUACUCCUACCCACGAAGAGGUGGCACAGCUAAGUGGCUCUAUCCAUCCUCAGCUGAUAAAAAAUUUCCAUCAGUGUUGUCUCUCCAUUCGUGCAGUUUUCCAACAGACACUGGUUGAAGAGAAGAAGAAAGCACUAAAUGGUGGAGAUCAUUCAGGUUCUACAAAUUCAGUGUCUUCUCUUAACCCUGUGAAAGAACAUGGUGUAUUGUUUGAAUGCUCACCUGAAAACUGGACUGAUCAGAGAAAAACACCACCAGUUAUGGCUUACUGGGUAGUAGGGAGGCUCUUUCUUCAUCCCAGACUUCAAGAACUUUACGUCUGUUUUCAUGACUCAGUCACAGAAAUUGCCAUUGAAAUGGCUUUUAAAUUGUUCUUUGGAUUAACCUUGUAGCUGUGUUUUCUUGUUGUACAGCAGCACUGCACAGACCAUAAAGUAGUGUUAGAACUGCUGAAAUCCAUUCACAAAGAGAUAAGGUUUAACUUCUUUCCUCUGUUCAAUACUGAACAUAAGAUUGUUAAAGACUGAGAUGGUAUGCUGCUGGAUUUGAUGCACUAAAUCAUUUUGUGAGACUUUUGAAGAAGAUACUUGAUCAAAAUAUGAAGAAGGGAUUGUUAACUUAUUUCCAUUUUGGUAUAUACCAUUAAUUUAUUUACUAGUUUGAAAUACUGUGAUGUGUUUUAUGUAAAAUUAAUAUAGGAAUGUUUAUCUGGGAAAAAUACCCAAUUCGUUGUAUAUUUUUCUUAAGACUAAUAUUGAUAUCUGGCGAAACAAUCAUGAAAUUGGGAGGAGGUGACCAGGUUCUGUAACUGAUUAGUGCUGUGACCAUGAGCAAGUUGUUGUACCUCUGUGAGCUCAGAGUUUUCAUGUACAAAUGAAAUGAUUGCUUUGAGGUGUCUAAAGACCCUCUUAAGUAUAAAAUGUGCAAUUUUUUCCCUCUUGCCUAUUGUUUGGUACCUAAAUUUGUAAUGUCCAAGUACUGAUUCCUUCUUAGAUCAGAUACUUUUCUUUAGUUUAGGUGUUUUAGUAGAUACCUCACAGUGGGGGAAGAGAGGAUUGAAAAUUAAACUUUUUUUAUUUAUUUGAUUUUCUUUACUCUUCCAGGUCAAUUCUAUUUUGACUAGGAUAUAUUUUUUUAAACUAUUUGUCCAUAAACUUUCAUUGUUUUUCUCUUUGUUGAAAUAUAUUCAGGUAUACACACACAUUUUAUGCAAGUUCAUGAAUUUUGGGAAAGUUGUAUGUAAACCUUUUUUAAAAACCUAAUCAUGUUGAAAACACUGAAAAAGCUGACUAAAGAAAUUCUAUGGCGACUUUCUUUGUUCAAUACAAAUUUUUGCCUUACAAGUAUGGAUCAUUAUGUAUUGGGUUUUCCCAAAGGGGGACAUUUUAAUGAACA